CACAAGGCGCCGCGCCGCGCCGAGCUCAAGGACGGAGAGAUCCGGCGCGGGCGCCACCGCCGGCCGACCACGGGAGAUCUGGCUGGUUUGGCGGCGGCGGCCGCGGCGGCGGCAGAGUGGGAAUCGAAGGCGGCGGAGGAGAUCUCUGCUGGCUCGAUGGACCCCGCGGAUGGCAAGCGAGGAGGUGGAGCAGAUUGCUCCGCGCCGGAGAGGAAGAAGAAAGUGCGGAGGAGAAGCACCGGCCCCGACUCGGUGUCUGAAAUCAUCAAGAAGUGGAAGGAGCAGAACCAGAAGCUCCAGGAGGAGAACGGAGCCCGGAAAGCGCCGGCCAAGGGCUCGAAGAAAGGCUGCAUGGCAGGGAAAGGAGGUCCGGAGAAUUCAAAUUGCAAGUACCGCGGCGUGAGGCAGCGGACGUGGGGCAAAUGGGUGGCUGAGAUCCGCGAGCCCAACCGUGGCAACCGGCUGUGGCUUGGAUCGUUCCCUACUGCGGUGGAAGCUGCACACGCGUACGACGAGGCGGCAAGGGCGAUGUAUGGCGCCACGGCACGUGUCAACUUCUCGGAGCGUUCACCGGAUGCUAACUCUGGCUGCACAUCGGCGCCUCCAGUGCUGAUGUCUAACGGGCCAACUGCUGUGUCACAUCCGGCCGAUGGGAAGGACGAAUCGGAAUCUCCUCCUUCUCUUACGUCAGACGCGAAGGAUGAGCCUGAAUCUGCAGGGACUGUGGUGCAUGAGGUCAAAACAGAAGCGAGCAACGACUCGACAAGUGUCCGUGAGGAGCGCAAGAAUGUGGAAGUAUUCCAACCAAAAGGGAAAGCUUUACGUAAAGAAGAGAAAGUAAGUUACGAUUACUUCAAUGUCGAAGAAGUUCUCGACAUGAUAAUUGUGGAAUUGAGUGCUGAUAGAAAAAUGGAAGUGCAUGAAGAGUACCAAGAUGGCGAUGAUGGGUUUAGUCUUUUCUCAUAUUAGGGCUUAGUUAUGAUAUGAGGGUUGUAGUCAUGCGGAGCAAUAGGAAUAACUUCAUUCUAGCUGCUAGGAAAUACUUCAAAUCAUCUACAACCCCAAGCUUUGUAGUCACUUAUGGUUUUUAUCUUACUGGAGAGGAUAGCUUUAUACCAUAAGCCAACGGGUGCAACAAGUUGUCCUGUGUGUUGGGUUCAUGUACUAUGGUAAAAAUUCAGUCCAUAUUUAAUGAGCUUACUUUGUUGAUAA